GUCACUACAACUUGGCAAGAAAAGGACUAUUCGCACAGAAUCAAUAUGGUGUACCACUCUAGUUUCAUCGAUGAUGAACAAAUUACUAAAGCAUGUGGUUGCCCUUUACUUCCACUGGAAAGCCACAUUAAAGGGCCAACUCCAGUUUCCGAACAAGAUAGCACGGAUAUUGUGGAUGAAGCAAUUGCGUUCUUUCGUGCCAACGUCUUUUUUAGUAACUUCGACAUCCAGAGUUCAGCUGAUAAGCUUCUUAUCUAUAUAACAUUUUAUAUAAACAUCGCUCUAAAGAGGGUAGAAGGGUGUAGAACAUUGGCUGAAGGAACCAAAGCAAUUACUAAUUUAGAGUUAGAAAAGGUCCCUGUGCCUGGAGAAAAUGGAUUCCCAUUCCCUGGACUAUUUGCUCAUCCACAGUCUCAAAAAGAAGCAGAGCUCUUGAGAAACUAUUUGAAGCAAAUACGGGAAGAAACCAAUAGGCGAUUAUUGAGCGUGGCAUAUAGAUCCAAUGGUACUCCAAACAAAUGGUGGUUGGCAUUUGCAAAGAGAAAGUUUAUGAACAUCACUAUACCUUAAAGUUUGCUUCUACAGACAAUACAAUUAACAGGAUUGACCACAGACUUGUGAACACAAUCCAAUUGAAGUACUCUACGUUCCCAAUAAAUGAGGAUAGAACCGGUAUUAUGAACACGUAUAAUUUUGUGUAUUUUCUAUCCUUUCAAUAAGUUUGUGAUUGAAAAGUUUCCAUCCAAGUGUUUUUAGACAUGUUGAAAUGGAUUCUUUGGAUAAAAGUUUGAUCUGUUUCAAUUC